CAGAUAUAAUACUGUGAAAGCGAAACAGUAAUAGGUUAGGACCAUUCAUUAUCAAAUAAUGGUUGAUCCUUAUUAGGAAAAUAUAAAGAUAUGGAGCAAGAAAGAAAGACUAAAUCACCCAAAACUCAAGCUUCGGAUACUCGCCAAGAAAUUGGAGUGUGUGGAACUGGGAAACAUAGAGUAAUAAAUAUCAAUCCUCUACUCCUCACUCCUUCAUCUGUGUCAAAAAUUUAUUCUGGAAGGAAGAGGGCAACAAAUUAUGGACGCACAAAUUUGUUACCGCCUUAUGAUGAUGCCCAAUCUACUCCUGAUUUGUGGCGAUCUGUGAGUUGUGAUGAGUCACUCUCCAGCAGUAUGGUUACACUGGAUGAUAUCAAUGACAUGUCUGAAUCUGAUGUAACAGAUAUUUCUGAUCUUGGCUCUCUUUCUUCUGUGCUGAAUACAACACAAAAUCUUGGAAAUAAUGUGGUAGAGGAGUCAUUCAAAGCGGGUGAUGCAUCAAAAACAGAUAUUGCUUCAAAUUCUCACAAAAAGGUACCCAAAAUGAAGAACAUCGUAAAUGCUGUUGAGGAUACUACGUUAGGUAGAUAUUCCUCUGCUUCUAAACGUGAAAGGGUAAUUGAAAUCUCUCCCUCUCUUAUGUUACCCAUCACUUCGAUGCCUUCACAUAAUAAAACCAACCAUGACCCAUCUGUAAAACCAAACGUCAACAAGGAAGCGUUUCACAGCAGGAAUGCAAGCACAACAUCAAUCAGCUCUUGCAAUUCUUUGAGUGGUACUCAAAGCGCCAAACAGUCGAAUACUGAUAUUGCAUCAUUAAUUUCCGAUCAUGAUGUUGAAACAGAUAACAAGUCUUCCAUACUUGAAGCUGAAUGUGAACGUCUACAACAAGCUUUGAAACUGGCAGAUGCCGAUAUUGCAAUCCUUGUUUCAUCAAAACAUCAGUUACAAUUGGAAUAUCAUAAUCAAGAGGAAAAAGUCAAAAUUUUAUCUCGGAACCUAUUCGAAGCAAAACAAAAAAAUGAAGAUUACGAAACCACUAUUAAACAAUUGAAGGAUUCAUUACAUAAAAAUCAGGAAGAUUAUGAAUCAGAACUGAAAGUGUCCCUUGAGCAAUACAAGAAGUUAGAAGCAGAAUUGAAAAUAGCACAAAACUCUAUGAAUGUUGCCAAUGCAGAAAAAGUCUCAAAAAAUCUCAACAUUGAAGUUUUGAAUGAGAAUCUAGAAAAAUACAAAAUAAAAAUGGAUCGAUAUGAACAUGAGCUGAAAGAACUCGCAAGAAAGAAUGUCUCUAUAGAACAAUUACUGCAGGAAGCAAGUGUAAAAGGAGAAGGUGCUGAUGAAUACCUUAAACAUUUGAAAGGAGAAAAUAAUGAACUUAGUAAAAAAGUCUUUGAAUCGGAACAAGAAAAUAUGGUUUUGAAAGUCAAAAACAAAACAAAUGAAACAAAAAUGGCAGAUCUUCAACAUAUCAAUCAAGAACUUGUAGAAAAAGCAACAAAACAUGAGUCUAGAUUUCUGGAAAUAGAUGCAAAUAAUGUAGCAUUGAGCACUCGCUUGAACUCUGCAACAAAGGAAAAAUCAGAGUUGAAUUCUGCUGUAACAAGAUUACGUUGUGACCUGUCCAAAGUGGAGUCAAGUUUUUCAAGGCUAAAGCAACAAAUGCUCGACAAGUCAAAAUUAGCAGAAGAGCAUGCAUUGAAGAGACAAGAGUUGGAAGAAAAAGUGAAAUAUCUUGCAAUUGAAAAUGAAAAGUUAGGCAAUGUUAAUGCAGAAAUAAGGAUAAGAGACAAAAAUGUGCAAAUUGAGCAGUUGUUGACCAACUCACGGACUUCUGCAAUUGAAAAAACAAAACUUGAAACUGAGAUUGAGAAGUUAAAAGAACAUAUUGAUGCGAAUCAAAAAUCAUGGGUUGAUGCGAUUGAAGCAGAAGCGGCAAGUGCAAAAAUAAUUCGAGAAAAAGAUGAUCUGAUUGGAAUGAAAUCAAAAGAGAAUGACAAUUUAUCACAGAUGUUGAAUUUGGAAAAACACAAUUAUGUAAAGUUGGGUUUAUCAUUGGAAAACAGUGAGAGAACAAUUUCUGAAUUGAACAAGAAAUUAAAGGAAAUGGAAGAAUCUGCAAGGCAACUUGAACUUGAUAAAAAUUCAAUGAUAACAAUCAUAGAGAAAUACAAACAAAAACUUGAUAAUGAAGAGAAAAACAUGAGAAGGAAUGAGGUUCAGCAUAGCGAAGAAAGAAUGCGACUGGAAUCAAAAAUUAAUCAUUUGGAUAACCAGAUUGAUUCAUUGCAAAAAGAUAUUGUUUCGAAAGAAGAAGAAAUGAAAUCGGUCAAUCACAAAUAUUCACUGAAAUCCUCUGAUGAUAAUGCAGAACAAGAAUCACACUCUCUUCAUCAGUUACAACUUUUGUCUGAAUUACAGUCGGCCAGGAGAGAAUUAUCUCAUGAAAAGGAACAAUUAAUACAGGAUAACAAUAAUUUAACAUCACUGAAUUUGAAAGCUGAUUCUAAGAUUGAUGAACUUCUCAAAUCAUUAGAAAUUGAAAAACAAAAUGCGAAGAAAUCGGAAGAUGAUUUGAGAAUAAAAGGAAAAGAGAAUGAAAAGAAAUUAGUAGAUGAGAUAUCAGUAAUGGAAAAGAGACUUAAAGAAAAUGAAAAAUCAAGACAUCAACUUGAAGAAGAGUUGCUAGUUAUUAAAGAUCACAACAAUGUAUUGUCACAACAACUUGGUUCUUUAGAAAUACAGGAUGGGAAAAUAAGUGAAGAUUUAGAAAUCAAAAAUAAGGAACUUGAAGACAAGACAUCCCAGUACAACAUUGCAAAGGAAAAAAUGAAUAUUUUGAAGCAAGAGCUAUCAAGUGUAACAUUGCAACUUACUAAUGCAAUUUAUAAUAAUGAAAAAACUGAAAGUAUCAGUCAAUUAGCAGAGGAAAAAGCACAUUUACUGAAAGAGAUUGAUUUGUUGAGAAACACUGUGAUGAGACAACAACAAUAUGCAGUAUCGUUACAAAAACAAUAUGAAAAAUGGGCUCAAGAUGCUGCAGAGAAAAUGAGAAUGGAAAUUUUACGAAUUAAACAUUCAGUAAAAGAUGAAAAAAGUCGAAUAAGAAAUGAACUUUUGCAGUCGGGUCUUCAUUCCCAUUCUUAUAUUGAUUCAUCAAUGCAAACAGACCAUUAUUCUGUACAAACACCUUUACAAAUGAUGGAUCAACAACAACAAGAAAUCAAAACUAGACAAGAUGUCAAAAUUUGUGUUGAGAUGUUCACACAAACUGAUCACAACAAAACUUCUUGUGUGGUGUGCGAAAGUUGUGCAUGGCAACAAAAGAUUGAAGCUAACAAAACUGAUAUUUCAUCACAGACUGAACAUGAUAAUGAAAGCGUUGGAUAUUGCACGGAACAAUAUCAGACAGAGAAUAUUGAAAUAACAUAUUUGGAAGAAGAGAAACUUCGUUUAUUAGAAGAGAAUACACAGCAAGCUGAAACUAUUGCCGAACUCCAGAGUAGAAUCACGAAUUGGACAGAACUAGACAGUUCAAUAUUGCAAGAUAUUGGUACACAGACGUCCCGUGAUAAUGACGUAAUAUCUCAUUUUCCUCCUUUGGGUUUAUUGGAAGAUUCAUCCACUCAAACUGAGCAUGACAGUGAACCCGUGGGACAGAAUAUAAACUAUGAAAUGGAAAACAUGAUGUCGAAACUGAAGUCAUUUCAUGAUGAAAAAUUAAAUGCAUUACAGAAGGAAAAAAUUUUACUUCAAGAAAAAUUGUCUCAAUCAGAGAUGUUGUUAUCAGAACAAAGUUUCAAACACGAUUCAUUAUCGUCUUCUGUGCAAACAGACCAUGAUUCUGCUCCAAUUGCAAAUCAAUCUCUAUUACAUCAAACUGACUCAACACAAACAGAUCAUGACAAUGUAACUUUGUUGUCAGAUAGAAAAACAGCAGCGAUUCGUCUGCAGGAACUUGAGCUUACAAACCGCCAACUUUUGGAAGAACUGGUGCAUGCAAAAUCAACAAUUGAUGAACUCAAGUUAUCACAAACAAAAUUGUUAGAAGAUUCAGGGACACAAACUAGCCAUGACGAUGGAAGCUUGGCUUCGUCACCACAAGAAAUUCAUUCAUCUUUGCUAGAAGAUUCAUCGACACAAACUGAUCAUAAUGAAGAUCCAGCAUAUAGUCAUCAUAGUGCCAAUCAGAUCAAAGUUGAAUUGGAGUAUUCAAGAAGAGAGUCCGACAUUCUCUCACAAAAAUUAAAUGAUGCUCUGGAUGAUAACGACAAACUUUUGAAGAAAAUAAGCAGACUUCAAAACAUUACUGGUGAUAAAGCAGCACAAAGCAAAGGGAUGCAAACAAUGCAUGCUUUUGAAACAAUUACUUUGCAGAAUAAAUCAUCCUCUACUGUUGAUGCUUUUUCACAAACCGAACAUGACAAUGAGCCGGUUGGAGCAAGAUCAAACUUGUUUCUUUGGGACACAGGUGAAAAAGGGAAAAAUGAAAAACCUGAGGAAAUCUGUAAUGAUCCAGAAAUUGUAAAAAUCUCGGAAGUGUCGAAAGAAAAUUCAGAUAAAAAUGUUGUGUGUGAUAUUUGCGGAGCUGUUAACAGGACUAAUACAGAUUACGACAUGAUUGCUAAGCCACCUUCACCUAUGGCGAUUCUGCGGACUAUGGAAAGUCGAAAACUUAGAGCCUAUAAGAAAACUGUUUACAUUUUAAAAAGGAAACUCAAAAGUGCUGAAGACAGGAUAAGUGACUUACUUGUUGAGCUAAAGAUGAUCAGGCCUACAACUGCUAUUGCCUUGGAAAAAGAUGGUUUUGAUUCAUCCUCUGCUGCCAAUGUAGAAGAACAUUCACCAGUGGAAGAUGGAAAAUCUCUAAAGGAAAUAAACAGACUUCAGAAUGAAAUCUAUGAAGUCAAGAAAUUGUCAGCUUUACAAGCAGAAGAUACUAGGCGUAAAACACUGGCAGAAAGAAAAAUCUUGCAAUCGAAAGUUUCAAAUUUAAAUGAAAGAUUACAGGGUUUAACUGAUGUUAAUGAACAACUCAGAAUUUCAGUGGAAAUGUUACAGGUCAAACUUACUGAAAAAACCAGAUUAAGUGACAUUGCACUCAAGGAGAAGAAUAGAUAUCAAAUGAGAUCAAGGAGGUUGCAAACGAGCUUGAGAUCAUUAUCGUGGAUAACAGGAACACAAGAUAAAUCCGUUGUUUCUGAGAACGGUUGCGAUCUUUCGGGAAUUUCAUUUGAUGGGAGUUUCAAUGAUAGUGCGAGUUCGGAAACAUUUAUCGCUGAUGUAGUUUCACCUGGUGGAGACGGUGAUUCUGGCACAAAAUCCAAAACCCCAAGCACAAGAUUAUCUGUUGGAAAUCUGCCAGCAUCUGUUGUGGAAAUUGAGGAAUCUUUGAAGGAUUUACAGUGUGAAAUUAUUGCAUUGGAAAAACAAAUGCAAGAGCACAACACUGCCGUGAAACGAAGCAAAAAUCAAUGGACAAGAUUAAAGCAAGUAUCAUCAAACAAUGCAACUUUAUUUAAAACACAAGAUACAGAAAAACAUCCUCAGUCUAAUAAUAGUAGUUCUAGUAUUGAAGAUCAUAUAACUCAAAUAUCUGAAGUAGUUUAAGAGCUGAUAUAUUUUUGCAUAUAAAUUAUCAAUCUAUUUUUAUUCCAUUUUUUCUGUUGUAAAUUAUAUUCUUCAUUUGUGGUGCCUAUUUAUAUAAAAUUGUUCUAUGCAUAUCCAAAGAACAAUGAGUUAAAUGCAGAUCAUCAAAUAUGUUCGUUUAGUUAGAUCAGUAGUUCCCAACCGCCGGUCCGCGAAGCUUUUUUGCCGGUCCGCGAGAAAUUUUGUUGUUUUUAUGCCGUCUCGAUCGCUUUACCGUAGACAAAGUUGCGACAUCAUCACGCAAUUCUCUUCCGCCGUCAUAUUGCGACAUCUUGGCGCCGAUCAUUCACACUUUUCGCUUUUCCGGCUCCGAUUCAUCGUGAAUGCGCUCCAUCAAAUCUCGCAAAAUUUAAAGCCUA